UGAUUGCCUGCCUUAAAUUGUACCAGUUUCCAUUAUUAACAUGAGUAUCUCAUCUAUGGUUUUUCGCCGUGUUUCAGAUGAACAAAGCAACCAUUGUUGAGGAUGCCAUCACUUACAUCCAGGAGCUGCAGCAGAAAGUAAACCUCCUCAAGGACCAGAUUUUUGAGAUGGAAACAUCACCAGAAGAAACACUGGAGCCGAACACAGAAGAAACUCAUUCUGAUGCAGCAGAAGAGAUGAAGAAAUUCGGGAUUCAGACAGAGGUGAAUGUGACCAAGAUUGAUGGGAACAAACUUUGGGUGAAGGCAGUCCUCGAGAAGAAACGAGGAGGGUUCACAAAACUGAUGGGAGCCAUGACCGCCUUUGGCUUCGAACUCACUGACACCAGCAUCACUACCUCCAGCGGAGCAAUGAUGGUUUCAUCCUGUGUAACGGUAAGUCCCAGCAAAAACAAAGAAAGCUGUGAAAUUUUAUCUGCACCAGAAGUUAAUAUAAAUUCUAAUGAUUUUCAGAGAUUCUCCUGCGAAACACUCGAAGCUGAGCAAACCCGGGAAUUGAUGCUGGAGAUCAUCAAUGACAUAUAGAGCAAAAUGGAGGGAUCAGAUCAUACAAUCACUUUCAAACUACAACACAACACAACUUGAAAAACAACUAACAUUGUUUUCUGUUUUGAUUACUUGUUAAUUUCACUUGGCAUAUGGCAAUCCAGAAGGUUCUGGAACAUCAUGUUUUGAUCCGAGCGAUAUUCUAAUUUAAACUAAAUGAAGGUAUUAAUUAAAGAAAUGGAAAAUUGUUUGGCUGUAGCUUGACAACAUAAAAGAACAUAAGGGACUGCACCAUCCCACGAACGUGUCAACAAAAACAAACACAAGCAAAUACCACAAGACAGCCAACCAAUAUUGCAGGCUUGGGGACCAAGCAACUACUGAGACAAAAAUAUAAAGACACCAAAAUUUCCAAUUGAGCAAAAUUCCAAAAUUGCACCAUUUGAUUCCAAAUCUUAGCCUCACUUUUCCAUUCCCUUUGUUUACAAUCCUAACAAGCUUCUAUGAACAUUCAAUCUUUUUUGCGCAAAAUUAAAAGAGAAAAAUA